CACAACCCAAAUUCUUACAUCACUGAGUCUGUCUAUCUUGACGUUAAUGACAACUGCAAUCAACUCUCUGGUAAUUGCUGCAAUAAUUGUGACAAGGAAACUUCACCACCCUGCCAACUAUCUGAUAUGUUCCCUUGCUGUAACAGAUUUUCUGGUUGCCGUCCUAGUCAUGCCUUUCAGUAUCAUGUACAUUGUGAAGGAAACCUGGGUUAUGGGUCAAGCUGUUUGCGACAUCUGGUUGAGCGUAGACAUUACCUGUUGCACAUGUUCAAUACUUCACCUCUCAGCAAUUGCAUUGGAUCGUUACAGAGCUAUCACCGAUGCUGUGGAGUACGCCAGAAAACGAACACCUCAGCAUGCUGCCUUUAUGAUUGCUGUAGUAUGGAUCAUUUUCUAUCUUCAUCUCUAUGCCAGCAUUGCUCUGGCGGCACCAAAGGCACAACCGUGAAGAUGAAUGCAUCAUCAAACAUGAUCACAUUGUUUUUACAAUUUACUCUACCUUUGGAGCCUUUUAUAUCCCACUGGUGUUGA